AUGUUUGAAUUAGAAGAUGUUGUAACAAAAAAUAAUUUAUAUAAAUAUACAUUUACAAUUCCUUCAAAGAAUCAAAUAGAGGCAUUGCAACCUGGCGACCUUGUAAAAUUGAUUUUUAAACAACAGGAUCCAGGAUCUGGCGGCAACAGAACACCAGUCGAAACAUUUGCUGGCAAUGUUCCAUUAUCAUCACCCUAUUUAAACAGUUUGCGUAGUAGCUUUAAUGGAGUGGUUGGAUCACCUCAGUCAUGUUCUCCACAACAGAUUCCAGGUGUAAAUGGAGCUACACCUAGUGGAAAUGGUACUACUACUACUUCAGCUGCAGCAGCUCCUGCAGUCGAAAGAAUGUGGGUUAUCAUCCAAUCGAUCAAUCCAGACCGCACCGAAUUUAUUGGUGCACUUGAUAAUAGUCCAGUGGCUAUUGGUAUUGCCAAAGGUGAUGCUAGUAAUGACACAUCCUCUUAUAUGACCGAAGAGACUAAAAACUACAUCUCUCAGUCGUGUCUAGUCUCCAACAAAAUCAUUCACUAUCAAUGCAGUGCAGGAUACAUCUUUCGCGAGGAACCAAAUCAUGCAUCGAUCAUUCCCAACGAUAGUGGAUGGCGUAUAUUCCAAGGUGAAGAGUCUACAGACUAUAUAUCCAACAAACAAAAUGUAACCAUUGUACAAUUGGCAUCGGUACUCAAUGUCGAUGAUUCCUUUAUCGACUUUUUAGAACAUUCUCCAAAUGAUUCAUUCUAUGAAAGAAAAGAUCCAUUUAAACCUUGGACAAGAAUUAAAUAA